CAUAGCCAGUUCCUCACGCGCAUCCGCUACUAGGCGCGUCCAACAACCCUGUGCUUCUCACCUGUGUAAAGUUCGUUCUUCUCUUCGCGUGUGCGUCAAUGGGGAAGGAAGCAGCAUGGACUUUGAUAGUGGUGAUAAUGUCAGUUUUUCCCCCUUGGUGGGGAGUUUGGGGAAUGGAUUCCCUUUCAUCGUCUUCGUUUUUCUUCUCUUCCUCUUUUAGUUCGUUUGGCGUUCUUCCUCCCUCUUCCUCCACCUCCUCUGUUUUUUCAUUAAUUCCUGAUUCGUCCAUCAUUUCUUCUAUCACCUCCUCUUCCAUUGUUUCUUUUGAGACUUCUAGUUCUUCUCAUCCAUCCUCUCCUUCCCUUCCUAAACCACCUCAUUCCUUUAAUCCUACACCCGUUUAUUCAACUUUUCAUUCAACCUCCUCGCUAUUUAGUUUCCCCUUUACAUCAAAUUCCUCUUCACUCUCCCCUCCCUCCUCCUCUCCAUACUCCUCCUCUUCCUCCUCCUCUUCCACCACUGAAGAUCGUCUGCUGGUUAGAAGAAAACGAGACUUCGGAUAUUUCAAAAGAUACAAAGAGGGUAUGGAGAAGUGUAACCGUACGGGCUGGGGCUACUGGUGGGAAGAGUCUUGUGACAACAUCGCCCACUGUCCUGACCUGAGUGAUGAAACGCGAUGCACCUGUGACAUGAUGGUGCCUCUUGAAUAUAUAUGUGACGGCUACUUGGACUGCCCCGACCUCACUGACGAGCGUGGCUGUAAAGGCUGCAAUAGAGACGAAUUGAGCUGCAUGGCCAGAGAGGGGGAGGUGCAGAUGUGUGUUACGCCCUGGCAGUUGUGUGACGGUGUGGCGCAGUGUGUCGAUGGUGAAGACGAGGCCUUCUGCUGGCGCCUGGAACCCACACCUGACGACGUGAAGGGUUACGUCAACUUCCGGAGCGAUGGUUACCUGCAAGUCAAAAGAGGACAGAAGUGGCGCCCCGUCUGUUUGGACCCAGACCAUGACCCAGCCCCUUUGGUGACUCAUUUCUGUGACCUGGUGGUGGGAGACAGGUAUAGCAAGGAUGUUUAUAAGGUGGAGGCUGUGAACACGUCAAGAAAAGUUAGUACCAGCAGUUGGGCGCGGUACGAGGGCGUGGGUGUGCAGGUGGGACUGGCGGACAGCUGUGAGGGUGGACACGUGCUUGUGGUUACUUGUGGCGAGCCUGACUGUUAUGCUGGAGAAGGCCGUGUAAAUAUAACAGAGAAACAAAGCAAGCGAGUGGUUGGGGGAGGGGACGCCGCGCCCUUCCAGUGGCCUUUCAUCGUCGCCAUCUUGAAAAACAGCGUGUGUUCUUGUGGCGGCACCAUCGUCACCCCGUCUGCCAUCCUCACUGCCGCCCACUGCAUAGACGAAGGGCCGCCAUCGUACUAUGAAAUCCAAGCAGGAAUGCUUCGGAGGAAUUCGUGGUCUCCGUUUGAGCAGUCUCGCAAAGUGUCCCGCAUCCUGCCCCACCCAUCUUACAAGGGCCUCAGUAACGACGUGGCUCUUUUUCUGUUGGAGACUCCCUUGCAUCUCAACAGGUGGGUUCGCCCUGCGUGUCUUUCCAAGGCCAUGUACCCUAAGGUGGACCAGAUGUGUACCGUGGCUGGGUGGGGUACCUUGCAAGAGGGCGGGGAUACAGCCAAGAAGCUCCAAGAGGUGGAUCUACCUGUCUUCAACACCUGCUUAGCGGACACGCACCUGAGUGACGAGCAAGUGUUGUGUGCUGCCCACUCUGAGGGGAAAAUGGAUGCUUGUCAAGGGGACUCUGGGGGACCUUUAAUGUGUGCCAACGCGGAGAAUGGGGUGUGGGAGCAGGUGGGUGUAGUGUCCUUCGGGGAGGGAUGCGCCAGGGCAGGUAACGCAGGUGUAUAUGCCAGGGUCACCCAUUUCUUUCCCUGGAUAAUCAAAACUGCAGGCGGGGCGCGAGGAGUACCCAAAAGCGUGAAAGUGAGUGACAAGUGCUCUGGCCUCACCUGUCGACUAAUGGAAGGCACUUGUUUGCCUAAUGCUAGUGUGUGUGAUGGCGUGGUGGACUGCUUUAAAGGGGAAGAUGAGGAUGGGUGCCUGGAUGAAUACGAAGACUGUGACGACUGCUCCGACUACGACUACAAGUACGACUACGACUACGACGAAAAAGUGAAAGAGGACAUCGCACGCGCCUCCAGCCCCGCCAGCUACUACAGACCAGCAAAAGUUUCAAAAGGAGAGAGGCUGCUCUUGAACGUUCCCAGCGUUCAUUUCCCGGUGAACGUUUUUGGAGAAGGUGGAUAUGCUUUUGAGGAGGAGGGUGAAGAGGAGGGUGAGGAAGGGGAAGACUUUGAGCUAGAGGCUAAGGAAGAGGCUAAAGAAGAAGAAGAAGAGGCUAAAGAAGAAGAAGAGGCUAAAGAAGAAGAAGAGGCUAAAGAAGAAGAAGAGGCUAAAGAAGAAGAAGAGGCUAAAGAAGAAGUGGAGGCUAAAGAAGAGGAGAGAGAGGAAGUGGAGGCUAAAGGAGAGGAGAGAGAGGAAGUGGAGGCUCAAGAAGAGAAAGAGGAUGAGGAAGACGAGGACGAUGGCGACGUCAACGAACCACCACAGGAAAGCGAUAAUGAGGAGGACCCGCCCGGAGGAAACCAAUCACCUCAAGAUAACGGACUCUCUAAACAACCUCAACCCCAACAGUCCCAAGAAAAUGAACCUCAAGCUCAACCUCGGGAAGACCAACAUCCACAACCUCGAGGAAAUGGACCUCUGUCUUCUCAACCUCAACAAGAACCUGGAGAAAACAUAUCAGAGGAGGAAGAAAAUGGUCUUCCUCUUUCAUCUCCUAAACCUGAACCGGAUGAAAACGGAACUGAGGAAGAAGAAGACGGCGGAACUGAGGAAGAAGAAGACGGCGGAACUGAGGAAGAAGAAGACGGCGGAACUGAGGAAGAAGAAGACGGCGGAGCUGAGGAAGAAGACGGCGGAGCUGAGGAAGAAGAAGACGGCGGAACUGAGGAAGAAGAAGACGGCGGAACUGAGGAAGAAGAAGACGGCGGAACUGAGGAAGAAGAAGACGGCGGAACUGAGGAAGAAGAAGACGGCGGAACUGAGGAAGAAGAAGACGGCGGAACUGAGGAAGAAGAAGACGGCGGAGCUGAGGAAGAAGAAGACGGCGGAACUGAGGAAGAAGAAGACGGCGGAACUGAGGAAGAAGAAGACGGCGGAACUGAGGAAAAAGAAGAAGACGGCGGAACUGAGGAAAAAGAAGACGGCGGCGGAACUGAGGAAAAAGAAGACGGCGGCGGAACUGAGGAAAAAGAAGACGGCGGCGGAACUGAGGAAAAAGAAGACGGCGGCGGAACUGAGGAAAAAGAAGACGGCGGCGGAACUGAGGAAAAAGAAGACGGCGGCGGAACUGAGGAGGAAGAAGAAGACGGCGGCGUAACUGAGGAGGAAGAAGAAGACGGCGGCGUAACUGAGGAAGAAGAAGACGGCGGCGUAACUGAGGAAGAAGAAGACGGCGGCGUAACUGAGGAAGAAGAAGACGGCGGCGUAACUGAGGAAGAAGAAGACGGCGGCGUAACUGAGGAAGAAGAAGACGGCGGCGUAACUGAGGAAGAAGAAGACGGCGGCGUAACUGAGGAAGAGAAAAACGGACCCCAUUCAUCUCCUCUAUGUGAACCUGAAGUAGAAAAAGACAAAGCAGAGGAAAAAAAUGAUGAAUUGAUGAAUAUUAAUACAAAAAUAGGAAGAAGUUUUCAAGGACGUAAUAUUAAUAAUGCUGCUACUACUACUACUGCUUCUGCUGAAAUCACUACUACUAUUACCACUACUACUGGUAUUGCUACUACUACUAUUCAUACUACUGCUGAUGUUCGGGAAGAAAACACGUGUGCUGCACGGAGCCUGACAGUCGAGGAGGUCCUGAAGGCGAGGAAUGAGACGGAAUGCUCCAAUCAGGAAUACAAAUGCUCAAGGUAAGGACUGAUGUGACAG